UCAUUAACUUCGAAUUUACAAUUUCGAGAAGGAAAUGGGAGGCAAAAAUAUGAAACUGCUGCUGAUGGUCUGUGUAAUCGUUGUGGCACUAGUGGCUACUGUUCAGAGUCAAGGUUACGGUCGGCGAGAAUAUGGUGGCAAUGACUAUGGACGAUAUGACGGAUAUGGCAGAAAUGGAUAUGGACGAGAUGAUGGAUAUGGUGGGAAUGGUUAUGGACGUGGUAACUCUUAUGGUGGAAAUGGCUAUGAACAGGGUUACGGAGUUCCUGGUCCGGGGAGUCCCAGUUUUACUCUCAUGCUCUGAAUAGAGCUCUCAUGAGCAAGGAACAAUGGCUCAAUCAUGCGAGGAAAUAUUUUUACGUGCACUGACAGAAAUAUCGGGAUAAUAUCACAAAAUUUUUUUUUUGCGUCAAAUAUCUCAUCUCUUGAGGAUAAAACGCUUAGGAUAAGAAUUCCGCAUAAUGACUCGGACCGUGUAUGAAUCCUGUGAAACGUUCGUGACUUGACCACGACUACUUGGCGAUAAAGUGACAAUUUUUUGCCUCAAGAAAUCGUUGAUUUCGUGUCAAAAGAUGAAAAAAUUACUAAAAAUACUAAAAGCUUCGAUUCUGACUUUUAUAUUGAAUGAAUACAGAACUUAUGCAGCGGAGACCAUUCAGAUAUUUCUAAGAUAUAAUUGUCACUUGCUCUCAAUCGCAAUGAGUCUGAACGAAAGCAAGAAAAUCUUUUCCUUCUCUCAAACUUACUUUGUCCCUUCAGUAAUAUUAUCUAAGUUCCAAAAAAAAAAUGUAUCAAUUUUUCAUUCAGUAUCAUCCUCCUUUUGCCCGGACACCGUUUUUUUCUGAAACCUACCAUGAAUUGAUCAAAUAUGCAUGCGAUGUUCUCCACUCAAGAAAUUAUUUUUGUCAUAUUAUGUCGAUUUUUCUCUCAGUGUAUCCAAAAGUGUGAAAAAUAAUGAUGAAAUAUGAAUGGAUAGAAUGAAUCGAAUUGAUAUGGAACUUCUGUGCAUACGAAAUCAAAGCACUUAAUAAAUACCAUACCAGGAAGACCCACAAAAUUU